GCCACUAAGAACUCACCCAUUUUCUUCCGUGCCAACAAACGCAACACGUUUGCGUUUCGGCAGUGUAAUUAAUUCGUGGUCAAUAUCGUUGGUAACUCUGUUGAUGGUAAUGAAUUCCUGUUCCAUCAUACAUGUAUAUCGCCUCCUGAUUGUUUCCAUAGUUAUCUUUCUGUGUCUGUAUGCCGUCAAUUAUGCUGAAAGAACAAAGUAUAGAUAUGACAUUUUGAAUGUUUUGUACAAUGUAAUUAAUCGUGUCGAUCUACAUAAUGUGGUCGGUAACGAUUUGGAAUCCUUGAGGCAUGUCUACAAGGAAAUAUUAGAAAAUGUGGACUUACGUUUUAUACCAUAUGGUUACGAUCUUAAGUUAUUUACCAUAGAAAGUGCCAGUGGCACUUUUGAUAUGCUUCACAUAAGGGAUUACGUUUCACUCCCAAUUAGCCUGGACAGAGUAAUUAGAUUAACUCUUCGAAUUUAUAGGCCAGACUGUGAUCUUUACGGUGAGUGUGUUCUAAGUGCGGCACUGCAGCCAUCCGAUGUAUGGAAUAUCAAUCACUAUGCUCGGGCAUAUAUGGGAUUGAACAAUUAUGAUGUCAUAUUUAUUGCUUUUAUAAGCAUAUUGUCAUUUAUAUUGUCGCUAAUUUUGCCUUAUAAGGGUGUGACAUAUAUCUGUUUUUUCAUCUUUUUGGGGGGGGGUAUAGAAAUACUAACGCGUUUUCCCAAUGUGGUUGAAUAUGCAGGAGUUUAUGGGAUCACUACUUUAUCUUGGGCAUCUUCAAUGGCCAGCAUACUCGCCGUGGUUUCCAUUUAUAAGUUGCAGGCAGAAAUCCUAUGUAAUGAUUCCAAUAUACACAGAUUCAUCCAAAUUAGCUGGGCAAAUAUAAUGGUUUGUUUAUCGUUGGUACUUAUAUCGCUUGUCCAAUAUGUUGAAAUGCACCUAUUAUAUUACUUUAUUUGGUUACCUAUAAUGUUCUGUGUUAUACUGACCACGGUACUUUCUUAUGUAAAAUUAAGCAUUUCUGAGAGGAUUUCUGCGGUGAUGAUGGAUAAAUCCUUAUAUACGAACGAUGUGUCGAGCAGUAAUAUAAACCAUAAACCAGCUGUUCGACGCAAAGCUAGGUAUAAAAAUAGUAUAUUCGGAUGCCUAAAUGCCCUUUUCUCGUUUGCGUUGUUAUUUUGUUCUGCUAAUGAAGUCCACCAGUUGAAUGCCGUAAAAGAGGUGGAAAAACUUCUGGGUGCACCUUAUAAUGUGCUAUCUGAAGGGGUGAUUGUUUCACCGUCCGUGGAUCUAGAUAAGAUCGUUUUCAAUCUCCAGGUCAAACCAAAUGUUGUUGAUGUAUCCAUUCCUCAAAAUUUUUCCUUGCAAGAUGUUCAACUGUGGAUUAAUAAGUUAUCCGUGAAGCUGCAAAGUUUUAAACAUAUGCUUAUUAUCCAUGCAUAUAGCGGUAACGACUCUCAGUUUUUUCUGUUUGAUGUAAAUCGACUGCAUCUUAUAUUUAACAAUUGGAAGGCGUACAAGUAUCAGCUUAUCAUCUUGGUUGAAACGUCCAAUGUAGAUUUUCUUUAUUGGAAGGUUGAUUUGAAUACGCUAAAUGGCCCUAGCAUAGGACUGCAUGUGUCAGAUAGUACAAAUAUAAAUUCCAAUUAUACAUCGCUGUAUCUAGGAAUCUCAUCGUGUCUCCUAACUUUCAUCCAUCUCUGUUACAAAUUUAAGGAUCUAGUUCUGGCUACCGGUGGAAAUAUUUUUAUGAAGUCAAAUAUGAAGCUCAAAGUAGAAUUUAUAUUGUUACCUUCAAUGAUCGCUGUUCAAUCGUUGUAUGCGAUAACAUCAUCUAUUAUGCAAUACUGUUACUUAAGAGAACUUGGGAAUCGUAUUGAAUCGGUUAAUGACGGCCUAAGACGUUUUGCCGCUGCAUCAAAUAUUGAUGUAAAUGAAGUUACUGUGUUAUUACGGAAAGUUGGGUAUACGUCAUCCUUAUGUAAAACAGCUUUAUUCGUGAAUAUAACCCUCGCGAUUUUGUACACUGUGCUUGUUUUGCCGAAACAUUAUCAGUUAUUAACAGUUAGUGGCGAAAAUAGGAGGGAAGAAAUUCAUGUCAAUCUAAAAUAUGUAACUGUAAUUUUGUUUCAGCUUUUUAUCUUUUUGAUAUGCUGCUCAGUGAUUGGGAUGGAUAUCUUUGGUCACAUCAUAUCACAUUUCAGCACUAUGAUGACGAGUUUCCGGUAUAAUCUUCUUAGGGGCUUAAAGGUCAAGGUAAUCCAAUCAGGGAGCGGAGGCGUAAAUUUGUAUAAUCACGCUUUAGUAAUUUCAUUAUAUAACAUUGGUAUUGUUGUUGUUUUAGGAUUUUGUUACUACAGUACUCGUUUAAAGACACAAUCUCCUCUGACGAUUGAGGAUUUUAUAAGGAAAAAAGAUAAAUUGGAGAUUGAUAUUCCUGCAAAUGUUUUCGACAUUCUGGCAUUCAAAGUUUUAGUUAAAGCCAUUGAUGCAUAUCGAAAUUAUAUUGAUAAUAAAAAUGAUGAGGUAAAUCAAUGUAAACACUUUUUUUCCAUGAUUCCGAUUGAAAACUCAAAGGUAGUCAGUAAUUUGAACCAUAAAAGUCGAAUUCGCGAUUAUUUGGAACACGUGAAACAAUAUUUGUUGGUUUUAUUUUUCAUACGUCUAAAAUCCAAAAACAUUUGUUAUAAAAUAGAAGACUUAAGGGUUGCAUUCUCGAUGGAUACUCCUGCAAAAAAAUUCAAAAUCGAAUAUUUACAUUUUCUCCAACGUAAGGUAGGGCAGGUGAUGGCAGACAUCGAUAAAUAUAAGACACAUCUGGAAAUGCAUAAACAAUCUAACACCUUUUCUCAAGAUGAAAUGGUAUUUUGUGACAACGUGUUGGUAGAACCAGCAACGGAGGACAAUAAUCAUGAUAUAGAUUUGUCAAGAUUCACAAAUGUAAUAAUGAAAUCAGGCAAGAGUGAUAUGGCCAUAAUAGAUAACCCAAUAUCCCAUUCCAUUGCUACAUACACGGUUUCACAUAAAGGAUUACACUAUUUACCAAAUGAUGAUAAGUCAGACAAAUCGUUGUUAGAUAAAAAGGAUGCUAAAGAGGGAGGUCAAUCUGAAUCUUCUUCUGUAAUUAACGAGUUCUCACCUAGUACUUCUCUCAAAGAUAAUAUACAAAAUGUGGAUAUUGAUGUAACCGGUCUAAAUAAAAAUACAAAUGCCAAUUAUCCAUGUGUAGAAGAGCUAAGUAGUAAGACAGACGGAGGUCCCGUGGACAAUAAGUUGAAUACCUCAUCCAUUAAUGGUAUGUAUAAAGAUGAUUUGGGGGUGCGAACUGCUUCCGUUGAUAUUUUUGGCGUUUCUGAAGAAUGUGAUACUUGUCGGCUUGAUGUAUCCUAUUUGAACGAUUCUUUUUAUAAGAGAGUCGACAACGCAAGUACCUCAUUUAUUGGUGAUCAACCAGAAAGUCAGUGCGAUGCUUUAUCUGUAUCGGCUUUAGAUGCUGAGUGUCAUGACACAUUACAAGAGAACACUAAUAUGAUGGACAUAUCUACGAUGACUGAUGUUGAAGUCAAUUCGAGAACCAACAAUUCAUCCAAUGUUAUGGAUUUUAACGAAAAUAAAAUUGUUGAUGAUCAUCAAUCAAAUAUCUUGAUAUCAACAGCUGAACGUAUAGGAAUCUUUGAAGAUAGUAUUUUAAGCAACAAAUAAUUUCAUUUUAGCAUUGUUUA